GCCGUGGGUUCGCAGCCACUGUCAGCCCCGCCCGCAGUGCCUUCGGAUCGAGCGCUCCCUGGGCAGCCGUCACUCGCCCGCCGUCGGACACAGCCGCCCCCACUCCGUGUUCUCCUGCGGUCCGGACACAUAGUAUGAUCUUUAAGAGUUCCGUCUCCCAGCCACUUUCUAUGGAAACCCGCGGGGAUCAGGCCAUGAUAGCCACUGGCAGCUUUGAAGAACGGGACACCUUUAGAGAAGCUUGAUCCUGGAGGCCUCAGUGUGAGACCUCAAAGCUCCGCACCAGAUUCCGGCAGAGUUCCUCUGUCUCGUCUUGCUGAUUGAAGGCUCCCACUUCUCCAAUUUUUCUCCAUCUUCUGGGAGGUAGAAGGAAAUCAGAAUCAUGGUUGGAUUCAAGGCCACAGAUGUGCCCCCUACAGCCACCGUGAAGUUCCUGGGAGCUGGGACAGCCGCCUGCAUUGCGGAUCUCAUCACCUUUCCUCUAGAUACUGCCAAAGUCCGGCUGCAGAUCCAAGGAGAAAGUCAAGGGCUAGUGCGCACCGCAGCCAACGCCCAGUACCGCGGCGUGCUGGGUACCAUCCUGACCAUGGUGCGCACCGAGGGCCCCCGCAGCCUCUACAACGGGCUGGUCGCCGGCCUGCAGCGCCAGAUGAGCUUUGCCUCUGUCCGCAUCGGCCUCUACGACUCUGUCAAACAGUUCUACACCAAGGGCUCGGAGCAUGCAGGCAUCGGGAGCCGUCUCCUGGCAGGUAGCACCACAGGUGCCCUGGCUGUCGCUGUGGCCCAGCCUACCGAUGUGGUAAAGGUGCGCUUCCAGGCUCAGGCCCGGGCUGGCAGUGGUAGGAGAUACCAGAGCACUGUGGAAGCCUACAAGACCAUCGCACGAGAGGAGGGGAUCCGGGGCCUCUGGAAAGGGACCUCUCCCAAUGUCGCCCGUAAUGCCAUUGUCAACUGUGCUGAGCUGGUGACCUAUGACCUCAUCAAGGAUACUCUCCUGAAGGCCAACCUCAUGACAGAUGACCUCCCUUGCCACUUCACUUCCGCCUUCGGGGCGGGCUUCUGCACCACGGUCAUCGCCUCCCCUGUCGAUGUGGUCAAGACGAGAUACAUGAACUCUGCCUUGGGCCAGUACCACAGCGCAGGCCACUGUGCCCUUACCAUGCUCCGGAAGGAGGGGCCCCGAGCCUUCUACAAGGGGUUCAUGCCUUCCUUCCUCCGCUUGGGGUCCUGGAACGUAGUGAUGUUUGUGACCUAUGAGCAGCUCAAAAGGGCCCUGAUGGCUGCCUACGAGUCCCGGGAGUCUCCCUUUUGAGCACCGCCUGCUGCAGACCUGGACCCCGCUUCCCUUCCCUGCCCUGCCCUGCCUUUUCCUUCAUCCUCUGCCCAGCCCCACUUCCCGGUCCUUCGUUUCCCUCACCUCCCUUCUCUUCCCGCCUCAUCUCCCUGUGCCUCAGUGCUGAUGGCCCCACAGUGAGAAUGCCUGACACCAGCCAAGACCCCAAGCCCUUAGUCAUUUUAACAGUUAAACCCAGACCCCUGUCUUUAUCCCCAGCCCAGCUCAGCCAGCCUUCGCCCAUAAAGCAAGCUCAACCGUG